AGCCACAGCCAGCGAACACAAAGCUCUGAUGUCAGAGCUGAAGAUCCUCAUUCAUAUUGGAAACCAUCUCAAUGUCGUCAACCUUCUUGGAGCAUGUACCAAACCCAGCGGUCCUCUCAUGGUUAUAGUGGAAUAUUGUAAAUAUGGAAAUCUCUCCAACUUUCUGCGUGCCAAAAGGGAGUUCUUCUUACCAUACAGGGAUCGUUCUCCUAAAACCCAGAGUCAGGUGCGACGAAUGAUAGAAGCGAGUCAGGUCAGCCAGCAUGAAUGUCAGCCGUCCACCACUUCCAGCAUCAACCCUCCGAUGCAGUCUCGUGGUAAGAGCACUUAG